AUGUCCACAGAUAAUAAAGAUAUUGAAAUUAGUCACAUUGAAACAAAUGUUGAUGAUCAAUUAGAUAAAAAAUCUAUUGAAAAACCACCAUCAAUUAAUGAAGAACUUCGUCAUAAUUUAGAAAUCCCAGAUGAAAUUAAACAUCUUUCUGAAGAUGAAUUGAAAAUUCUAGAAAAGAAAACUCGUCGUAAGAUUGAUAUUAGAAUCUUACCAAUGUUGGUUUAUAUCUAUAUUUUAAAUUAUUUGGAUAGAAAUAAUAUUGCAAGUGCAAGAUUAGGUGGUCUUGAAGAAGAUUUAGGUCUUAAAGGUAAUCAAUAUCAAACAUGUAUUUCCAUCUUAUUCGUUGGUUAUAUCUUAAUGCAAAUCCCUUCAAAUAUGAUUGUUAAUAAAAUAGGUAGACCGUCAUUAUUCAUCACUGUUAUUAUGACUAUCUGGGCAAUUAUUUCAACUUGUACAGGUGCUGUUCAAAAUUAUCCAGGUUUAGUCGUUGCUAGAUUAUUAUUAGGUUUUGUUGAAGCUGGGUUCUUUGGUAGUGCUUUAUAUUAUUUAUCAUGUUGGUAUUCAAGAACUGAAUUAAGUUUAAGAAAUGCUGUCUUAUAUAGUGGUUCUUUAUUCUCUGGUGCAUUAAGUGGGUUAAUUGCAUCUGGUAUUAUUGAUAGAAUGGAUGGUGUUAAAGGUUUGAGAUCUUGGAGAUGGUUAUUUAUUAUUGAAGGUGCUAUUACUUGUGCUUCCGUCCCAUUAGCUUAUUUGAUUUUACCAGAUAUGCCACAUAAUUCAAAAUUCUUGAAUGAACAAGAACGUGCAUUCAUCUUAUGGAAAUUAAGAAAAGAAGUUGGUCAAGAUGAUUCUGAUCAAGAAAAUAAAGAAUCUUAUGCAUCAACAAUGUUAUUAACUUUCAAAGAUAUAAAAGUUUGGGCUAUUACUGGUAUUUUAAGUUUCUUAGUUGCAGCUGCUGGUGUUACAAAUUUCUUCCCAUCUGUUGUUCAAACUUUAAAUUUCGAUAGAGUUACCACUUUAGGUUUAACAGUUCCUCCAUAUAUGCUUGCAGUUAUUGCAACUUUUAUUUGGGCAAGACAUGCUGAUAAAACAGGUGAAAGAUUUUGGCAUGUUGUUUUCCCAUUGUUUUUAGCUUUGAUUUCAUUUAUUAUUGCAGUUGCUACAACAAAUACAGGUGCAAGAUAUUUUGCAAUGUGUUUAAUGAUUCCAUCAAUUUAUUGUUCUUUUACUACAAUUUUAUCAUGGAUGUCAAAUUGUGUUCCAAGACCUCCAUUGAAAAGAGCUAUUGCAAUUUCUACAAUGAAUUGUUUAUCAAAUUCAACCUCGAUUUGGAAUUCAUACUUAUAUCCAUCAAGUGCUGAACCAAGAUAUUUAGUUGCAUUUGUUUGUAAUUGUGUCUUUGUUGUUUGUUCAAUGUGUAUUGCUUUAGUUUUAAGAACUAGAUUAAUGAUUUUAAAUAAAAAGAUUGAAACAGGUACUAUGGAAUGGGAAAAGGAAUUAGGUAAAGGAAAUGAUGGUUCAAAGAUUAGUCCUGAAUUUAGAUACUUAUACUAG